CGAGUAUAGCAAUCGGAAUUUCAGUCGUUUGUAUAUUGUUAAUCAUUUACGUUUAAAGAUAACAACGCAGUAUAACAUUCGUGAUUCAAAUCAAUAUCGAUGUCGGACUGUUUUGAUUACAGUAGCGAUGAUACAGAAGAUGAUGAUCAAUAUGGCGAAGAAGACGUCAACUGUAAUGAAUAUGACGACGACGAUUUCUAUAAGUCUGAUGAUCAAUUCGACGGAAGAAAUCAAAUCUCUGAUUAUGCUAGUGAAGGUACAAAUCGAACUGAUUCUGAAGAGGAAUCAUUCAAUAGUAAUGUUGUUGACUCGCCUGGUGGGAAAACCAAGUUGUGGAAACCUAUUGUUCCUAAAGAUUUUAUGCCAGAUGUAGAUGCUAUAUAUCAAUCAUUAGAGGAGGCGGUUGAAAUGUAUAAAUUAUAUGCAGAUAAAGCAGGUUUUGGUGUCAGAUCAACUGACACUUUGGAUCCUGAGGGGAGUGGAAGGAAUAAACGAAACUCAAACUUCAAAAUUACGGACUGCAAGGCAUUGAUAAAGUUUGAAAGGUUACAUAUGCAAACUAAUGCUUGUAAAAUAUAUGAGUUUGAAGAGAAUCACAACCACCCCCUAGAGACUAAAGAAGAAAGACGGUAUUCCAAACGUGCACGACGACUUAGUUACAAAGACAAGGAGUUUAUAAAGGAAGGUGGGAAACAUUAUGGUGACAAGGAUGCACAGCUGGUUGUUGACAAAAUGAACAUGAGGAAAGAUGAGUUUCAUAAUUACACAUUUGAGUAUAAAUGUGUUGAUAGUGUGUUAAACGCAAUGUUUUGGGCGGAUGAAACCGAUAAGUUAUAUUACAAGGAGUUUGGAGAUGUGAUAUCAUUUGAUGCUACAUUCCGAACAAAUAAGUAUGGAAUGAUUUUUGUGCCGUUUACAGCCAUUGAUAACCACAAACGUUCAAUAAACAUUGGGGCAGGUUUGUUAAGCAACGAGUCAAUAGAAUCUUAUCGUUGGUUGCUUGAAGCUUUUUUGAAAGCACAUGUGAAACACCCUCAAUUAGUGUUAACAGACCAAGAUCCAGCAAUUCUACAGGCCGUUGAAGCAAUAUUUCCUAAUUCUAAUCAUCGUUUAUGUAUGUGGCACAUUAUGAAAAAACUACAAGCCAAGGUUUCAGCCGAUUUUUUGAAAAACACUGAUUUUCGCAAGCGUUUUACAAAGCUUGUAUGGAAUGUCUAUAUCGAGCCUGAAGUGUUUGAAUCAAGGUGGAAACUGCUUAUGAGAAAAUUCAAACUACUGGACAAAAGAUGGUUCAAAGACAUGUACAGGGAUAGAAAACUUUGGAUUCCAGCCUAUUUUAAAGACAUGUCACUACACGGUCUGAUGAAAACUACUUCAAGGUCUGAAAGCGUGAACUCAUUUUUUAAUAAAUACUCUAACUGUGGUAAUUUGCUUAUCUAUUUCAUGAUGAACUACGACACCGCAAUUGGAAAGCAACGAAAUGCUCAACAGAAACUAGAACAUGAUACAAAAAAUGCAAAGCAUGAAAUGACGCUUCCAAGUGGCUUACUAGAACAUGCAGCUGCGGUUUACACAAAAAAGAUUUUCUAUGAGGUCAAAAAGGAAAUAUUUAAAGCAGCCUGGUACUGUUCUAUCGACAGUGUUGAAAAGAUUGAUGGGUGGCAAGUUGUUAUGAUUACACAAACGGAUAAGAGCAAACAGUUGAAGAUAAAAUGCAAGGUUGAACUAAAGUUGCCUGAAAAAGAAGUUAAAUGUUCAUGCAAUCACUUCAUACGUACUGGCAUUUUGUGUCGUCAUAUUUUUGCUGUACUGAAAAACAACCAUAUUGAAGAGAUUCCAGAGCAGUAUAUUCUAAGAAGAUGGAGUAGGGAUGCAAUUUCCAGCCAUUUGUUUGCCAUGAAACAUGUUGCCAUGGAAAUAGAAGAUGACACCUUUAAACUUUUAACAGAGGCAUACAACAAUAUUGAAUACUGCUUGGAUCAUUUUAAAAGAAGCAAAGAGAAACUGUUGGAGUUUGUUGAAAAAACACGUACGUUGAAGCGGGCAGCAAUUGAGUUUGCCAGUUCCAACCAAACAUCAUCUGAUAACGAUGAAGAAGAAAUUAUUCGGAUGCUUGGAAUACGCAGCAUUCCUGAUGAAAUAAAUAUCCAUCCACCUGCAUCUAUACGUACCAAAGGUAGUGGAACUAAGAAAAGAAUGGUUAGUGCUAUUGAGAAAGCCGUUGCAGCUGCGAAGAAAAAAACCAGAAUGUGCACAGGUUGCAAUCAAUAUGUUAACCAUAAUUGGAGGACUUGCAAAGUAAGACUUGCACGAGAGUCAAAAGCAGCUUAA